CCCAUUGGUUUAGGUGGAAAAGUGAUGUAUGUCGACAAAUCCACCCCCGUUAAAGGCUGUCAACCAUUUAACACCUCUGUUACAGCAUCAGCCCACAAGCCCCAGUCUUCUCAGAACAACAAUACUAUCCAGCAAGUAACAGAGGCAUUGGAUAAAAUGGCAAUUGCAACAACCCAGGACAGCCAGGAGUGUGUAGAUGACCCCAUUGGUUUAGGUGGAAAAGUGAUGUAUGUCGACAAAUCCACCCCCGUUAAAGGCUGUCAACCAUUUAACACCUCUGUUACAGCAUCAGCCCACAAGCCCCAGUCUUCUCAGAACAACAAUACUAUCCAGCAAGUAACAGAGGCAUUGGAUAAAAUGGCAAUUGCAACAACCCAGGACAGCCAGGAGUGUGUAGAUGACCCCAUUGGUUUAGGUGGAAAAGUGAUGUAUGUCGACAAAUCCACCCCCGUUAAAGGCUGUCAACCAUUUAACACCUCUGUUACAACAUCAGUCCACAAACCCCAUUCUCCUCAGAUCAGCAAUGGCAUCCUGUCAACAACCUCGGUCAUCCCGAUUGCUUCCAAAACCGGAGACAAUGCAGAAGAAAAAGGGACGGCAAAGGACCAUGGGAGAUUAACUGUUAAUGGAUUGACAUUGAGCAAUUCAUCCACUGAUGCAGACCAAAUGAAAUUCUGGCUCACAAAUAAGAUUGUCCACAUGUCCAAGAAGAAGCUGAUCGUCAUAGAUCCUCUAAAGAAAGAAAAAUCCUAUAUGAAGAAUGUUCUGCAUUACUGGAGGUAA